UUCACGAACCCCAACCCAAAACCCUAACCCCUGAUCCACCCGUGGCUCGCCCCAUUCCUAAGCUCCCUCCAACCACUUCCCGAAAUCCCGAUUGAUCAAAUAGGACGGCGGCGUCCUCCGCUCUCUUCUUCUCCCUCUCCUGCUCGAGAAACCCUAGUCCCUUAAGGGCUCGUUCUCAGAAUUAGUGGGAAUGGGGAAGAAGCGAAAGCAUGAGGAGGCUUCAGAAGCUCCAAAGAAGGAAAUCGCCCCAGCGAGACCCCAACGGACUCUUGUGGGAUGGAAGGAGGGGGAAGUUGAGAAGCAGAGAGAUUCUCCAGUCUUUAGAAACAAAGAGAAGGUUCUAGUCACAUGCUCACGGCGAAUUACUUAUAGGUAUCGACAUCUGAUGUUGAAUGUGGUGUCUUUUCUUCCUCACUGCAAGAAAGAUAGCAAGGUUGAAUCUAAAGAGAGCAAAGGAGCUACCCUUAAUGAGUUGGUUGAGCUCAGGAACUGCUCCAGCUGCUUGUUUUUUGAGUGCAGAAAGCAGAAGGAUCUUUACCUCUGGAUGGCCAAGUCCCCAGGCGGACCAUCUGUGAAAUUCUUGGUCAAUGCUGUACACACAAUGGAGGAAUUGAAGCUGACUGGAAAUCACUUAAAAGGAUCUCGCCCAAUCUUAACAUUUUCAACAAAUUUUGAUAAAGAACCUCACUGGAAGCUUCUAAAGGAGAUCAUAAUGCAGAUAUUUGGAACACCAAAAGAUCACAGAAAAGCUAAACCUUUCCAUGACCAUGUCCUUGUUUUUUCAAUCGUCGACGAUCACAUAUGGUUUCGAAAUUAUCAGAUUUCUGUUCCGCACAAUGAAACAGAUAAAGUGGACAGAGGAGGUUUAGACAAAAUGACGCUCGUAGAGGUUGGUCCAAGAUUUUGUUUGAAUCCAAUCAAGAUAUUUGGUGGCAGUUUUGGUGGCCCAACAUUGUAUGAGAACCCGUUUUAUGUAUCACCUAACCAGAUUCGGGCACUUGAGAAGAGGAAAAAAGCUGGGAAGUAUGCAAAGAAAGUCAAGGCUAAGACAAGGAGGAAGAUGCAUGAAAUGUCGAAUCCUUUGGAGCCUGAUGAGUUUGCAGAUAUGUGGAAGGAAUAAAGUUUGCCUGCCUAUGUUUAACCUAUAGAAGAUGUAUGCAUAUGAAAAACAGAAUUUUGGUUAUCUUUCUGCUUUUCAGUUCUGGGAGUAGAAAAGUGAAGGUUGUAAUUCAUGUUUCCUGAACUAGGAAUUGAAUGCAUUUAGUUGGUGAGAAAUCAUAAUAUGGUAUCCAUUUUUCGAUAUAACAUAAGUAAUAUUGAUUUUUUGUUUGCUAUUAAA